CUCAGAGCUCCCGAUCCCGCCCAGUGUGCGCACGUCGCGAACGGAGACUUUGUUGGUGGGUCUUUCGGAAGGUUGGUGGAAGCUGAGCUCUUCUCCUAACCACACUUGGAGCCCCUGGGGAAAGGACUUGCACACACUCUGCAAGCAAAUCAUGUCAAAACAAUAACCUUGUCCAGUUUUUAUUUUAGUUGGGACAAUCUGUAUAUUCCUUCGGUGUGCACCGGGUAUGAAAUAUGACCACGGGGUGGAAUCCCGGGGUUUUAAUUGUAGGGCUCUCUUUUGGGGGUUUCAGACUGAUCAGUCGAGGUGUGGCAUAUCUCCCGAUUCCAGAAUCUGCCCUGAGGAACACCUGGAAGUGGAGAAACAUCUGCACCUCAAUGGUUCACAGUGUGGUAACAGGCAUCUGGGCUAUCCUGUGCUUUUAUCUGCAGCCGCGGAUGGCCGAGGAUCUGAUCGGUACAUACUCCCCGGCCUCUCACGGUCUCGUAGCUGUUUCCAUAGGUUAUUUCAUUCAUGAUUUUAUAGACAUGCUGUUGAACCAGAAAUUUCAACAUUCCUGGGAACUGCUUUUUCACCAUGCUGUGGUAAUCACUUGUUUUGGAAUUUCUGUGAGCCUCUUCAGCUACGUUGGGUUUGCUGUCGUAGCUUUACUGGUUGAAAUCAACUCCAUCUUCCUGCACCUGAGGCAAAUUCUUCUGAUGGCCAACAUGAACAAAACCAUUUGCUUCCGCAUUAACAGCAUCAUCAAUCUGGGAACCUAUGUUGUCUUCCGUAUUAGCACGCUGGCCUGGAUGACACGCUGGCUGGUCCUAAACCGUGACAACAUCCCUCUAAUAAAUUACAGCAUCGGGAGUAUAGGAAUGGCCAUCAUGACUUUAAUGAAUAUUGUGCUUUUCUAUCGACUACUAAGAAGUGACUUUCUGAAAUCUAGCUGGGAAGGGAAGAAGGAAAAGGAGAAGUAAAAUUGAAGUGGUGUUUCCUCUCCAAUGCUCGUGCUUAGAUUUCUGAAGGAAGAGCUGAAAAGGGACCUUUAGCCCCUUCGAAUGUAAAUGGUCCCAUUCACUUAAGUGUAAUUCUGGAUAACCUGAUGGGCUUAAUUGUAAAUAUAUUUUUAAAAUUAAUUCUAAUAUUUUGAAAGGUGGUGUAUUUAAUCUAUGAUGUUACAAGUGUUAUAAAAAAAUGAAAAUGAUAUAACAUUUUUAAUGCUUUCUUUUCUAAACAUUUUAAAUAAAUGCAGUUAAAUAUGUGACAAAAUUAAAUGCCAUAAUCUUACAGUACCUCACUUCAAACUACAUUAGGCAAGUGUUAGACUAUCGGGCAAUGUUUAACGCUUGCAGUGUUUGUUGUUUAAUUCUUGCAAUUAUUGUUACCACUCCCAAAAGGAUUCAUUCUAAUCAUUCUAAAUAAUUCCAUGCUGGUUUUGAUGCUGAAAACUUAGUAAAUUAUACACAAAUGUCUGUAGUUGUCAGUUGCUCAGCUGGCCUUUCAAAUGUAACAAUUUAAACAUAAGCAUGUCAGAUUAAUGAGCCGGGAAGUGAGACAGUAGCCCAUCAAAAGUAUGCUGACAAAUAAUGAAUGAUUUGAUUACUCACGCAAAGUGUGAGAUUUGUUUACCAAAUGUCUUCAUUUUAUAUAAAUUAGAUUACUUGGAUUAGAUUAGAUUACUUACAGUGUGGAAACAGGCCCUUCGGCCCAACAAGUCCACACCGACCCGCCGAAGCGCAACCCACCCAUAUCCCUUACCUAACAUUACGGGCAAUUUAGCAUGGUCAAUUCACCUGACCCGCACAUCUUUGGACUGUGGGAGGAAACCGGAGCACCCGGAGGAAACCCACACAGACACGGGGAGAACAUGCAAACUCCACGCAGUCAGUCACCUGAGGCGGGAAUUGAACCCAGGUCCCUGGCGCUGUGAGGCAGCAGUGCUAACCACUGUGCCACCGUGUCGCCCCUGUUUGAUGACUUACUUAAUUUUAUACAUAGAAAUGGCAUGUUUCAAAUAGCUAUAUAGAAAUCUUGAGUGAGUGGUGUAGGAUAUAGUCUAAAUAGAUAUAAUGUGGACAAAUGAAAAUAUAAUUUCAUCUUGAAUGUACACAGCCACAAAAGCUGUAAUAUAUUUAUAAUAUGUCAAUAAUUUUUUAACUGAUAUAUACGUAUAUAUUUGUAACAUAUCAAUAACCACCUACACUUUUUUUGAUUUCCUUUAUAUUAUUUGUUUGGUUUUAAAAUAGUAAAAUAGAGCUGAGAGUAAUGACAUAAUUUUACAGAAAAUAGUCAUUUUUUACUUUUAUGUGAAAUAAUUUUGUUGUGCACAACAUUCAUAUAUUUCUUACAGGACUAAAAUGUGAACCACUAGUUUUGAGAUCAAUCUGUGAGCUAUUUUUAAAAAUGUUUUCCAAAUU